UAGAGAGGGAGGAGAGACACUCUCUCUUUCGGAAAAUUCCACCAUUUUUUCCCGAUUUAUGCAUUCAGCAGAUAGGCGUUGAUGCAUCUCUGUAUGUGUAAAGAUUGAUUAUUUUUUCUGAUUGAAGCUGAAUAACGGCCACGAUUCUUGGCUGUAUGAUUUUAUUCUUUUGUUUGAAUCUGAGUUCGUGCAUAAAUUAUUCAGAGUUUUGAAUUUCGAAUUUCGACAUUUAUGUAUUCAUUCAUCUUCAUUUCGAUGCUUCGAGCGCGGAAUUAGUUGAAUAGGGCUGAUUCGUUGAAAGGAAAAUCAGUGAAUUGGUUUCGUAUGCCUGAUUUUCAUUUUUCUCGGAGAAGUUGUUUGGUGGAUUGCUGUCUAGCUUUGGCUCGUGUGAUUGUUUUUGUUUCAAUUCGAAUUUCCUAAUGGAGCAGAGAGAGGGAGACGAAUUCCCUCCAAAUAAGCAGCCGCCUCCUCAAUCAGAAGCUUCUUCUCCGGCGCCAGCGGAUUUUCCGGCGAGGAAGCUUGUGAGGCAGCUGGAUUUUACUGGCUUUAGCGCCUCCUCGAGUGUUGAAAGCCCGCAGUUAGCACAGGCGAUGCAGCCCGCGUUACAGCAGCCACAGUUGGCGAAGACGAGCCAGCCGCCGCAGAUGCUGUUCAUGACGAUGCAACAAACUCCGCAGCCAGCUCUGCCGCCGGCUCAACAUUCGAUACGCCCUCUUUUGAAACCUGAAUCCCCUAGAAUGCGUCCAAGACAAAAUGUUCCUGAAGUAAAAGAUGGCACUCCAAAGAAGCAAAAGCAGUGUAAUUGCAAACAUUCACGUUGUUUGAAGUUGUAUUGCGAAUGCUUUGCUUCUGGAGUAUAUUGUGAUGGUUGCAACUGUGUCAAUUGUCAUAACAAUGUCGAAAAUGACGCAGCCAGAAGGGAAGCAGUUGAGGCAACAUUGGAGCGAAACCCAACUGCUUUCAGACCAAAAAUUGCUAGCAGUCCACAUGGAGCUCGGGAUAGCAGGGAAGAAGCUGGUGAAGUUUUAAUUACAGGAAAGCAUAACAAAGGAUGCCACUGUAAGAAAUCAGGAUGUCUUAAAAAGUACUGUGAGUGCUUUCAAGCAAAUAUUCUUUGUUCUGAAAAUUGUAAAUGCAUGGACUGCAAAAACUACGAAGGAAGUGAAGAGCGACAGGCUCUCUUUCAUGGGGAUCAUGCCAAUAAUAUUGUAUAUAUCCAGCAGGCAGCAAAUGCUGCCAUCACGGGUGCUAUAGGAUCUUCCGGUUAUGGGUCUCCUCCAUUAAGUAAAAAAAGGAAAGGUCAAGACCUCUUAUUUGGGCCAACAGUGAAAGAUCCUGCACAACGGCUUGGACAGUUACAACAGGUGAAUCAAAUUAAGGCUUCUGUGCCUUCCUCCUCAUUGCCUUCAGUUCCUGGUACUGGCCCUGGUAAUUCGCCUGUCCUAAAUCCGUCCAAGUUUACUUACAGGUCUCUGUUAGCUGAUAUCAUUCAGCCCCAAGAUUUGAAGGAGCUCUGUUCGGUGCUUGUUGUAUAUUCACGAGAAACUGCAAGAAUGCUUGCAGAAAAGCAAGAAGAAGAUUCCAGAGAAAGCAUAUUGGUUUCUUCAACACAAGAUCAGUCUCAAAGCCAAAAGCAUAUUUCAGAUGAGAGAGCUCAAGCUAAAGAUCCCUCAUGCGAAAGCCAGAUAGAGAGGGCCAAACCAGAGGAGUCUGGUUCAGAUGGAGCAGAUGUUUCAAGAGGAAGGGCAAUGUCACCGAGUACAUUAGCUCUAAUGUGCGAUGAAGGAGAUACAAUGUUCACUUCCGUUGCUUCCUCUAGUGGUUUAGUGGAAUGUAAUGAGCCAUCACAGUUGCCCGUUGAGCAAGGACUGACUGAGGCUUACGCUGAACAAGAAAGGAUUGUCUUAACAAAGUUUCGAGAAUGUCUUAACAGGCUCAUCACGUUAGGAGAAAUAAAAGACAUGUCUUGGCGCAAUGAGUGUCAGGUGACAAGUCCGCUCUCUCUAACCCUCAUUUUUCCAAGAAAGGGCAUAGAGUUUCCUCUUCUUAAUAGAAGAGUCAUGUUUGUGCUCCUCCAACAACUCAAAAGAAGGAACUUCUGAAAAAGAAACACUUCGAGAUUGAAGGGGCCAAAUUUGGGCGACCACCACUCCCCCUUCAACGUACAAAUCCUUGGCUCUAUCCUUAAGCCAGCUGAUGAGGAUUGUACCUCCUUCAUCCAUUCUAUUCCUCGAUUGGAGGACGUACCAGAACAUUGACAUUGCCUUGAUUCGGGACAUGAUGUCCUCUCUUGCAUGUUGAAGUCUUGUUUAUUCCACAUCCAACUUAUAUAUUGAAAGCAUGAUCUUUACCAAAUAGAUGUGGAACAAACGAGGCUUCAAUAUGCCCCCUCACGUCUAGGCCAAUAUGAUUAUCGAUUACUACACGUGGACCAAACAAACCCUUGUUCACUUUGGGGGCGUUUGGUUUGGUGGAGGGGAUAGAUAAGAAUCAUAAGAUUGAUAGGAUUGGAGAGUGAUUAAAUAAUCUAUCCAACUUUGGGGUGAUAUAUAAUCACUCAAUUGCAUGAGAGUGUUUGCCUAGUUAUGCAUCAUGGGCCUAAUCAUGCAAACCAACACUUGAUUAAAUUGAAUUAUUUUAUCAAUCAUGCCUUAUCACUCAAAGUAAAUGCCUCCUUGGGUUUGCUCUAGGAGACUAGGAUUAAUCAUACUUUUAGCAUAGAUGCCUAUUAUGUUUCUUCUAGGGCUUAAAGCAAAAUCAUGAAUUUCAUUGCAUCAUUUGAAUUAUGAUGAUCAUGUUGCCUUUAAAUAUUGGCACUCCAUUAUCACUGGAGCACUUCGCCUGUAAAUCUCUGCUGUAGCUUCAUCUGAGGGAUAAGUUAUGUCAACAUUGACGGGCUGUUACGUUGUGGUUUGAACUAUUUGAACUCGAGUUAUUCUAAAAGUACAUAAGGUACCAUAAAUGUGAUUCACAAUAUUGAAUUAUAAUGGAUAUUGAUCAUUCCAUAUUCACCUAGUGGCAUGCCCUUAAAUUGUAUUAGCUGUUGUGUUGUUAGUCCUCUACUGGAAUUUAUGCUGCUAAAAUUCAUAGUUUAUUUAUCAAGCAUUAGUUGCAAAGUUACAUCGAACUUUUCCCAUUUAUAUAUUUGCUUUGCUCUGAUUCCUCUGAAUAUGUGCUCUGUUUUCCUUUUAUGAGCUACUGACUCCGACUGUUCAUCAUACAGAGACAAAGUAUUCUUCGUUGGCACGGAUACAAUCAGGUAUAGAAAAUGACCCUACGACUAGCAGCAGCUAUUCAAAUGAGAGCAUUGGUAGGAGUCAAGAACCCAUAAGCAAUGGUGUAGCCGUAUUUGCUACUCCUGCACAGAGAACUUCUCCAGUCGUAAAUCUAUCACUGGAUGCAGUCAAUAAUGUAGCCCAUCAAAGAGUAACGCAUGCAGAAAACGGUGCUGUAAAAACAAAACCUGAAUCUCAAUUGUGAUGUGCAGUGUGUAGAAUUAGAUACUUACCCAGAUUUGCUGCUGCAUCAUUUGUAAUAUUAGGCCGUCGUUGAUCUGGCUUUUCUUCGGUGUUGCAGCAAUAGCUACAUAUAGAAGCCAUCCUUAGAAACUGAUCCAAAUGUUAUGCAGAUUUUCUUUUUCCCAUUCAUUAAACAGUAUCAAUUUAAGAUAUAAAAUUCUUGCUUCUUCUGUUAUGAGGAAGCAUUUGCAUUCA